GUCAUUCUCUGAUUCUGACUGAAGACGAAAUUCUGGCGAUAUAAGGAAUUUUAUGGAAUGGAAAGUGAAAUUACAUUGGAAUAUUCUUAAAGUACAUAAAAAUGUUUACUCGAUCCAGACUGUUUUUCUCCAGGACCAUCCCAUUGCGCAAUGUUUUUAACGUGGAUUACCAAAACAAUACAUACAAUAAUGCUCGGUUUUUAUAUAGCAUAACAGCUACAAGAAGUCGGUCUACUACUCCGCUCAAUACUAUUGUUAUGUUCGUUCCACAACAAGAGGCAUGGAUCGUGGAGCGUAUGGGAAAAUUUCACAGGAUUCUUGAACCUGGUCUGAAUCUACUGUGGCCCAUAGUAGAUAAGAUUAAGUAUGUGCAAAGCUUAAAGGAGAUUGCUAUUGAUGUUCCAAAACAAAGUGCCAUCACAUCGGACAAUGUUACUUUGAGCAUUGAUGGAGUGCUUUAUCUUCGUAUUAUCGAUCCUUAUUUAGCAUCAUAUGGUGUUGAAGAUCCUGAGUUUGCUAUCACACAGCUGGCUCAAACCACUAUGCGUUCUGAACUUGGUCAGAUUUCACUUGACAAGGUUUUUAGGGAGAGAGAAUCUCUGAACGUAGCUAUUGUUGAUGCCAUCAAUAAAGCCAGUGAGGCUUGGGGCAUUACUUGCCUGCGAUAUGAAAUUCGGGAUAUCAAAUUGCCAACUCGAGUUCACGAGGCUAUGCAGAUGCAAGUCGAAGCUGAGAGGCGGAAAAGAGCAGCCAUCUUGGAAUCUGAGGGAGUGCGUGCUGCUGAUAUUAACGUCGCCGAGGGCAAGCGACAGGCUAGGAUAUUAGCAUCAGAGGCUGAAAAACAAGAACAGAUAAACAAGGCAUCUGGUGAGGCACAGGCUAUGCUUGCUGUUGCUGAAGCUCGCGCUAGGGGACUGAAGCUAAUUGGAGGUGCUCUAGCUGAACGGGAUAGCAAGCAUGCUGCUUCCUUAACUCUGGCUGAGCAGUAUGUGUCUGCCUUCAACAAACUAGCGAGAACAAACAACACCCUCAUUCUGCCGGCGAAUGCAGGAGACGUGUCCAACUUAGUGGCUCAGGCAAUGUCUAUAUAUUCAACAGUGACAGCACAUAACACACAAACUAAAACACAGCCUGACAUCUCAGAAAGUUAUGAGGAGCCUCUAGUCAAACUUAAUGCUUUAACGGAAAAGGGGUCCACCUUGGCUGGCCCAGCUAUUGCUAAUUAUGAUGACACCUUAGCAGAAUACUUCUCAGAUGACGAAGAAAGAGAGAAGGCAUUAAGAGGUCUUAAAGAGAAAAAAGACUUACAAUCACAACAGCAAAGUAAACUAGAAAAGGACACAUAGAACCGUUAUUUAGUGCCAGUCUUAGUAUAAACCUUUCAAACACCAUCAUUC